AUGUAUAUCGAGCUAUUACAGAAAUCCAACAAGAUUUAUCUAGAGAAUAGUAUUUUACAAAAAAUUAAUUUAGAAACAAAUGAAAAUAUAGUAAUGGAUAUUGAUAAUACUGAAAUUGUUGAAGAAGUUACAAAAUCAACAGGAAAGGCAGCAUAUAGGUCAUUAAAAGACAUUUUAUCAUAUAUUAUUCCUUUUUUAAUUCAUAAAAGAAUUCUUCAAUUAUCAGAUCCAACUUUAUAUAUCUGA